AGGAAGUUGUGCCCCUCCACUUCCCAGACGUAGCGGCCCAGUGUCAGCGGGGGGAGAGACUACGUCUUCUAGAGGACAACAAUAGAGCCCUGAAACUGAAGCCUGGGGCUUUCAACCAACACAAGCUACAACAUAUACUGCUGGAGAAUGAGCUUCAAGAUGUUCUCCAGGAGAAGAAGCACUUGAGUCUCCACUUGUUCAACAAUAGCCAGACCACAGUCCAAUAUGAACAGGUGAAGUCAGAGUAUGCGCAGCUCAAAGAGACCCUUGGUGCUGUGACUCAGGAGAGAGAUUCAGCCCUGCGGGAGAAGACCCAGCUCCAAGGCAAACUGGAGAACCUAGAGCAGGUGCUAAAGCAUAUGCGCGAGGCUGCAGAGCGGAGGCAGCAGCUAGAGUUGGAGCAUGAGCAAGCCUUGGCUGUACUCAAUGCAAAGCAGCAGGAAAUUGACCUUCUGCAGAAGGCUCAGGUUGAGGCUAAGAAGGAGCAUGAGGGCGCCGUUCAUCUGUUAGAGAACCACUUGGACAGCAUGCAGGCAAAAGUCCGAGAGCUGGAGGAGAAAUGUCGGACACAGAGUGAGCAGUUCAACCUGCUGUCCAAAGAGCUGGAGAAGUUCCGGCUACAGACUGGAAAGUUUGAUAUCCUUGGCAGUGGCACCGAUCCCUUAACAGCGGGUGAAACCCCCGGAUCUCCCAACAAAUCCCUCUCCCAGCUCCUCAACGGGCUGGCUGCCCCCACAGUGAAAGGCAAUGAGAGUCCGCUGAGCAGAUCUGUGAUCUCUGAGUUCAUCCGACCGCUCCAGAUCAGUGGGGACAAGCCGGAGCUCCUGUCUGUAAAGCCAACAUUCCUCACCCGCAGCAGCAGCCAAGCUGAGAGCUCCCAGCGGGCCCUCCUCACUGAGAUGGACAAAGAACUAAGCUCAACGACUAGGACCAAGAAGAGGUUCACAGGCAAGGUCCGUCUGUGCGUCGCCCGGUACAGUUAUAACCCCUGUGAUGGGCCCAAUGAGCAUCCUGAGGCAGAGCUCCCCCUGGUGGCAGGGAAGUACCUCUACGUGUACGGCACCAUGGAUGAUGACGGCUUCUAUGAAGGAGAGCUGCUGGAUGGACAGCAGGGCCUCGUCCCUUCCAAUUUUGUGGACUUUGUUAAGGAUGAGGAGAUGCCUUCUGCUCAGCACAGGGAUGGGGCCAAAGAGUCAGGCUACCUCAGUAGUAACCACAGCAGCCUGGGCUCCACAGGGCUGGGCAGCAUGUGCCUGAGCAGCAUCAGCAGCCUGCUGUCUGACAGUAAGCUGGACCUGGAGACCAGCCUGGAGAGAAACCUAGAGAGAAACCUGGGGAGCAACCUCAGUUCCACUUUGGGUUCCAGUCACUGUUCCACUCUUGGCAGCCACAUGGGUUCUACUCACGGUUCCACUCUGGGCAGCCACAUGGGUUCCACUCUGGGCAGCCACAUGGGCUCCACUCUGGGCAGCCACAUGGGUUCCACUCUGGGCAGCCACAUGAGUUCCACCCACGGUUCCACUCUGGGUUCCACUCACUGUUCCACUCUGGGUUCCACUCACGGUUCCACUCUAGGCAACCAAAUGGGUUCCACUCUGGGUUCCACUCACUGUUCCACUCUGGGUUCCACUCACGGUUCCACUCUAGGAAACCACAUGGGUUCCACUCUGGGUUCCAGUCACGGUUCCAGUCACGGUUCCACUGGCCUGGGUUCCAGUCUGAGCAGCACUCUGACUAGCCUGGGCAGCAGCAGCCUGGGCAUGGACUUUCUGGGCUCCAUGGGUUCCUGCAGUAACGGGACAGGGACCCUGGAUGUCAGCAUUGACGAGAUUGGUGAAAACAUCGUGCCUUACCCUCGCCGCAUCAAUCUGAUCAAACAGCUGGCCAAGAGUGUGAUCGUGUGCUGGGACCCACCGGUGGUGCCACCCGGCUGGGGCUCCAUCAGUGGCUACAACGUCCUGGUGGACAAGGAGGUGAGGAUGAGCGUGCCUUUUGGAGGCAGGACAAAGUCGCUUGUUGAAAAGCUGAACCUGGCCACCAACACGUACCGCAUCUCGGUGCAGAGCAUCACGGAGCAAGGCCUGUCUGACGAGCUACGCUGCACUCUGCUGGUGGGGAGGGACGUGGUGGUGGCUCCUUACUACCUGAGGGUGGACAGCAUCACACAGACCUCUGCUGAGCUUUCCUGGCAGCCUAGCAACAGCAACUACAGCCACACCAUCUUCCUGAACGACGCUGAGUAUGACAUGGUGAAGGCAGGGGCCUACAAGUACCAGUUCUUCCAACUGAAGCCCAUGACCGUUUACAAGGUGAAGGCUGUGGCGCGGACACACCAGAUGCCUUGGCAGCUGCCCUUGGAGCACAGGGACAAGAGGGAGAUCUCUGUGGAGUUCUGCACCCAACCUGCAGGUCCUCCCUUCCCUCCUCAGGAGGUGCAGGUCCAGUUGGGCCAGAACCCUGGGGUGCUGCAGGUACGAUGGAAGCCCCCCCUCCUCACCCCCACUGGAACCUCCAACGGAGCCAACGUGAUUGGCUAUGCCGUGUGCACAAAGGGACAAAAGAUAGCGGAGGUGAUGUACCCUACGGCAGACUAUGUGACAGUGGAGCUGAACAGGAUCCAGUGUCUGGAGGCCAGGGAGGUCAUUGUCAGGACGUUAUCAGCAGAAGGAGAGUCUCAGGACUCCCCCGUGGCCACCAUACCGCACAGUAUCUUGGGGCCUCCCCAUCACUCACCCCACCAUCGCCCCCCUGCACACCCCCAUCCUUUGCCCCAGCACCAUCCGCCACACACACAAACACACCCGCCCUACCCCAAGACCUACCCCUUGUCACACCCCCAACCUCAGGUCCACCCUCAAUCCCAGCCCUACACCUUGCCCCAUGGUCAGCCGCUGCGCCACCCUCCCCCUCACCCCCACCCGCAACACCAGCCUUACCCCAUGUCUAAGCCCAAACUAGUAAGUGCCAGAGAGUCAGAAACCAAAGAGCAUGAGGUAGGCCUGCGGCCUGGCCCGCCCUGGGAACGCUCCCUCUCGCCCCUCCCUCCUCCCAUGUGUGGACACACUCUGGAGCCGCCCCACUUCCAGGGGCGCCGUUCGCCCUCUCCUCAGAGGAUCCUGCCCCAGCCUCAGGGAGCCCCCAUCCCCAACACCAUCGCCAAGGCCAUGGCCAGGGAAGCUGCACAGAGAGUGUUCGCUGAGAGUAACCGGAUUGAGAAGAGGAACAUCUUCAGUGAGCGGAGCAUAAACUCUGAUGAGGAGGAGGAUGGUUAUGACUCUCCCCACACCAGGAGGAGAGGGGCCUCUGUGGACGAGUUCCUCAGAGGCUCUGAACUAGGGAGACAUGUACGGCACCACUACAGCCACAGUGAAGAGUACCAGACAGAGAGCAGCCGCGGCUCCGACCUGUCUGACAUCAUGGAAGAGGACGAGGAUGACCUGUACUCUGAGAUGCAGCUGGAGGAGGGCCGUCGACGCAGCAUCAACUCUCACAACACUCUCAAGAUUAUAGGGAACUCCCCCUCCCAUGGAUGCUCCCAUGGCGACCGGCUGGACCAUUCAGGGAGGAGGCCGGUCCACGGCGGCAACCCCCCACAGCGACGGCCCAUGAUGGUUCCUUCCAUUGAGAUCACCAUGAUGGAGAGUAACAGUGAGGGGAGUGAGGGGAACCUCUCACCUGGCAAGGAGAAUGUUUACUAUCACGGCAGUGUAGCUCGGCACAGGAUAUGGCAUCAUAAUGAUGGGUACGGCGGGCAGGGCCGCGGGCGCCGGUCGCCAGAAUACUACGAAGAGUCAGAACCAGAGGACCUGGCACGUAUAUUUGUGGCCCUGUUUGACUACGACCCUCUGUCCAUGUCCCCCAACCCUGAUGCUGCUGACGAGGAGCUGCCCUUCAAAGAGGGGCAGAUCAUCAAGGUGUUUGGGGAUAAGGACACGGAUGGUUUUUACAGGGCAGAGAUCCGUGACCGUCCAGGUCUGAUCCCCUGUAACAUGGUGUCAGAGAUCCAGACUGAGGAUGAUGAGAUGAUGGACCAGCUACUCAAACAGGGCUUCCUCCCACUCAACACUCCUGUAGAGAAAUUAGUGAACUGCGACCGCUUCAAAGAUGGCCGCUCAAUAAACCGCAGGUCCCGAAAAUCCAAGCGAGAGAGGAACAGGCGGAGUGGGCGUCAGCACCCCUCGUCCACACGUAGAAUGGUGGCCCUGUAUGACUACGACCCCAGGGAGAGCUCCCCCAACGUGGAUGUGGAGUACGGGAGAGACGGGCUGAAUGAGGCUGAGCUGACAUUCUGCGCUGGUGACGUCAUAACAGUUUUUGGUGAAAUUGAUGAAGAUGGGUUUCAUUAUGGCGAGCUCAAUGGACACAAAGGUCUUGUUCCCUCCAACUUUCUAGAAGAAGUGCCUGAUGAUGUUGAGGUUUUUCUCACUGACACUCAGCCUGGAGAUUCUCGAUACCCGCAGGACGCUGCAGCGCGGAUAAAGACCAAAAGGAAGAAGAGUGUUCAUUUCACACCUUAGAGGCUCUGUUUCCAUCACGUUCCGUUGGAAAAAUCGAGUCCGCCACAGAAGAGCUGCCUACCCCAAAGUGCACCAACACAUCCCCGGCACUGGCCCUGCUACCGUGGGGCCUGGCAGUCCCAUCAGGGGCCCCCGCGACUUGUCCUCCAAAAAGAAAAAGGGACUGCUCUCCAAAGGGAAGAAACUAUUGAAAAGACUUGGCGCUGUAAAAUAACCCCUUCAUAUACUUGAAGUAUAUUACCAACCACAUCAUAGAGGGUUCUAUUCAAUCUGUAGUGCUGAAGCGGUACAGAUUCCGUGAUAGAAAUGUAAAGGUAAUUUCCGAUUGUGAAGUGUUUACCAUGAAUGCAGUCUCCACUAAAGCGGGUACAUUGCCUUUAAAUUUCAAUCACGCUGAAAAGCUGAAUUUCCUCGAUGCGGAUUGAAUAGAGCCCUAAAUCUCAAACACUUCCAUUACUGUAAGUUCAGUCCUGUGAGAAGAAGAAAUCCAGUGGCUAAAGAGUUUGAUGGCAUUUAAUAACCAGUCAGAUGCUGUACUCUUACACAUCUGUUGUUGUCUACUAGAAACCAUUUAUUUUUUAAUUGCAGUGUGUAUUUUGAAUAAGGUCCAGGGACCUCAUAGUUUCACAUUUAAUGUCAUAAGCCAACCUCUCUGGUCAUGUAUAUUUUGCUAUCUGAAGCACAGGACUGCAAUGCGAUGGGAUAAAAUCUUGAAUUGGCCAAUAGUACGUAGGUGUGUGUUUGACUGAAGACUACAAUGUCCCCCAGAAUAUGAGGUGUUUAAACCAGUCUCUUUAGGGCUGAGAUCAAACGAUAGAGCUCAGAAUGGCCAGUCAACAUCAUACUUGAUGAGACUACUACUGGUGGCCCUUCCUAUCCAUACACUUCAUGUUGUAGUACCCAAAUGAGGCAAGGAAAAGAGCAGUUUUAUGGCCAGGCAGCUGAGGUCCUUGUAUGGGAACUGUAUGGGAGGUUUGCAUGUUUUACCUGAAAGCACAUCCAGAAUGAUCAUUCCCACCCAACAUUUGAAGCACAUGCUAACUGAUGGCCUUUUCUAUCAGAACAUGUUAGCAAGGCACAUGUGCAUGCUAUGUCGGUGCAUUUGAUGACAGAAUCUACACUGAGAAAAAUGUACUAAAUUAAUUUUAGUAGUAAAAAGCAUGUCCUCGUUUUCUUUACCUCCAUACAGAAUAUUCCAUACAAACCUAAUUGUCAGAUUGGUUCUCAGUUCAACUCAAGCCCAGGUACACAUUUGACUAGCCACGAUCUAGCACCUGAAGUCAAGAUCUGUGCACUGGUAAAAUAUGCUACAUCUCCAGAAAGACCGAAGUCAGAUAAGCAAGUAUCAAUUCCUAACAGCAAGUAUUAGUUAUUCAAACACACCAAAAGACCUCUGGACAAGCACAUUAGAUAGGAAAGGGUUUCAAGAUUCAGUUUCUUUAUUUUUUAAGUAGUUGGAUGGUCAUGAAAUGCCUAGUUGAAACCAACCUCCAUGUAUUUGCCUUAUAAAUGCACAAUUGUUUGUGUCCAGUCAGUGGAGAUUUUUUAUGUCUUGUAUGCAUUCAUGUCAUUGCAAUACAUACUUCUAAACAUGAAAUAUUUUUGCAAAAGAUGUUUAUCAAAGCUCGUGAUGUGCAUUUUAUUACUUGUAAGAGUGUCAUGUUUUCUGGAGGACCUGAGCAUUAUUAGCUUGUUUGAAACUUCAGAAGGCCCAACUUUACACUCUUCAUGUUCUGUCCACAUUAAAAUGACAAAAAGAGAAAAAAAAGAAAGAAGUGUGGUGAAAAUGUAAAGGUGUAAUUUAAUGUUUUUUUUUUGUCAGUACAUUGUCACUAUUUUGGCACAACAAAUUCAAGGCACUUUUAUUUUGUUCUUCGUGUUAUAUACAGUACUUGCAAUGUGUUCAUUCUGCAUUCACAAUCCCAUUUUGACAUAGGUUUGUGUACAAGACAAUGGACAAGAAGGAAAUGCAAUUGAAGGCCGGUUCAAUCAAAACUGUUUCCAGGAUAAGUUUAAAUCAGCAUUCUUCCUGUGCAACAACAAAGCAUGGUGUGAAUUAAUGUGCAGUUGGUUACCAUUUUGUUUAAAACAAAAUUGUAGAGUACACUCCAAACGUGCAUUAUGCAGUAGGAGAAUGUUGUUUUUGACUUAUCCCAGACACAAGGUUUGAUAGAAUAACCUUCAUUGGAUGUAAGUCAUAUUAAGUUAUUUUUGUGACAUAGAAAUUGUGAUUUCAACAAGACAAGUCUACCUCCAUAAUGACCCCUAGAAUUCCAACUAAUUUGACUCCAUGUUCACAGAAGCCAACUCCAUUUCAUUUAUGAAACUGAGCUCUUUCUGUUUGCCCAGAAGUAUUGUAUUUGUGUCAGCCCCCAAAUAGCACAUAGAGUAGUGAAUGUAUGAUUAACUGAAAGCCAAUGUAUUAUAUUUAUCAAAACUAUCCAUGAUGAGUAUGCAGAUGUCCAGACAUUUCUGGUCCAGUUUGUAUGUGAAAUGAAACCUUUUUCCAUCUGUUAAGAACCUCUUACACUAUUUUGUUAAUCAUUUCAUCUUUCCAUUCAAUUUACAUCACUGUUUUGUUUUUGAACUACUACUUACAUGAGACUUGAACUGAGACUGCCAAAAAAGAAUGUAUCAAAAGCAUUCUGUAUAACGUUCUGUACAAUUCUCAGCCAAAUAGGCAUUUCAAUCUACAGUUAAUAGAUGUGCAUCUUUUCCAUAAUAAGUUGUCCGUCAUUGCUUCUAUACAUAUUGUUUGAGUGACUUGCUCUUUUUGUACUUUGUCCAUUUGUAAAUUGUUUUUAAAUGUUUAUACUUGAUUUUCAGACUGCCUUUUUUGUACAUAAAAAUUUAUAAUCAAACUGUGCAAAGCUUUCCCCAUGGUGUCUUCAAAACCAUGUUUUAAAAGUCUGCAAUUGUGUGCUAGCUUUAUGAAAAGAAAUAGCCUAUAUUGGGGGUUACAAAAUAUUGUGUGGGUGUGCAUGUGCAAUUUUUUUUAUAAAACAAAUUUGAUAUU